CUGCACACAUGAUUAGAAUCUGUCUCUCUAGCUCCCUCUGUCGCAGGUAAGUGGACAUUGCAGGGCAAUGCACCGGAAGCACGUGUGGCGACGUUCGUGCCGACAUGAUACUCCCGGGCUGCUCUCUGCGUACCCGGGGCCACGGCAGCCGGCACAUCGCCUGAGGAGUUCCGGUCACCGCGGAUAAUAUGUCUCAGGACCCCGAUCACCCACCGGCCAAGAGAUUCAAGCCGGGCUCUCCUCCAUUUCACGCCAGCCGGAGAGCGGCCAUGCAGCCCGGACACAGAAAGCCCCCGGUGCCCAUGGAGCUGCAGCGGCGGAGCCUCCCCAUCUACCAUGUCCGAGCUCAGCUCAUAGGACAGCUCCGGCAGCUGGACAGUGCGGUCAUCAUCGGUGAGAGGCUAAAAACACCCUGCUGUCAUUAAUGGGGCCAGCUCUGUUACCAUGGAGGCUUUAUACAGUACUGGUCCUGGACAGAAAUAUUGGGUCACCACGAAAACCACUGGCCAACCCCUAUCAUUCCUAUCCAGGAACACACACAUAUGUACACAUUCCAACCACACACUUUCCAGGAACACACAGAUAUGAACAUAAACACAGAUUGUAUACACAUUCCAACAUAAACACAGAUUGUGUACACAUUCCAACCAUACACUUCCCAGGAACACACAGAUAUGUACACAUUCUGACAUACACAUUCCCAGACAUGGGAAUGAAACUGGCAGUAUACAUGUAAAACGCACAGACAACACAUCCAUCACACACAUUACACAGCCUCCACACUUUACAAUAUUGUGAGAUUUAUUACAGUGGAGCUCUGUGAUACUGUCGUACAAUAUAUUAUAAUGUGCUUCGUAGCUGUGGAGCUCUGUGAUACACCAAUGUGCAUAUUAUUGUGGAGGAGCUCACUGAUACAUUCAUACAUGCUGUAUGUUACUGUGAGUUCAUAAAGACUGUGUUGGAAUUUAACCGAAAUGCCAACCCAGUCAAAAGAUAACAUUGGACAAAGUGACUAUUUUCCUACAUUCGACAAAUAGGUGGAUCUGCUUCUGUCAAGCCUUCAUUUGUCGCUUGUGAUGGUUGAGGGGAAAAGUGUUGUGUGGCAAAAAUGUUUUAAAUCAAUGAUCUUUGUGUUUGUAUGUGUACUAUAUGUGAGAGGUGGCAAAAUGCAUCUUCUAGUGUAAGUAAAAGUUAUUACACUAGCUUUUUUUUUUUUCAUAUUGAGAAGCAUUAUGAAUGCAUUGCCACGGUCAGUGGAGUACUUCUGAAUCCAUUGCUUCUGUUUGGGAAUUAUUCAUGGCUUUCGGGAGCAUCAUACUAUGCGUGAUGUUGCCGAACGUAAAGACUUUAGAUAAUUGAACUUUUCAAUGAGGAAUCUCUAGUAGCUGUCAAUCUGACAGUUUCUAGUUCUUGGCAGAAUGUAACCAUUGAGAGUGCCUAACUGAGGCUUUCAGCUAGUUAGUCCGCCUUGCAUGACCAGGUUUAGCUCAGUGGAGCUAACAGAAGGUCCUUGCAAAGCUUUCAGCUCCACAUGCACAUGGCAGAUUCUAAGUCAGUUGUCAAACCUAUUGCAAAUGUGUAUUCCUGAUACUAUAGUUCUGAAACUAGAGGUUCGUGGUUAAAAAAGGUGUAAAACUCACCUUUUCCCCCACCAUCAAGCAGAUUUGCUGCGGCUAGCCCUGCGCCAUUCCACCUCCAUGGCUGAGAUGAUCAAUCUUGAUUUAUACAGCAAAAUGCUGCUCUGCACUAAUCGGCAUCUCCUCAUAGAGAUGCAUUGAAUGAAUGCAUCUCUAUGAGGAACCUUCAUCGGCUUCAUGGAGGCGCUGAACGUCAUUUGCAGCACUAACUAAGGAGUCUGAGUGACGACCACUGGAGGUGUUACUAGGCAGUAAUGUAAACACAUUAAACUGUAGUUGUUCUGGUGAUUAUAGUGUCAUUCUAUGCUAAAGUUGUUGAUUCUUAGAAUAUCUUUUGAGGAAUAAAAAAGCAUAUGCAAAUUUAGAGAAAAAAAAGUAAUACGUUUUAGGCAAAAGGCACGUUUGCAAAAACGAUACUGAAAACCUGCCAGAGGCAAUAAAGAAAAUACUUUUUAUACAUUUGAAAGUGGCAGAUUUGUAAACACUCCCCCCUUCCUCUCCUUCACCCCCCCGAAAAAGAAAAUAACAACAACAAACAGAUAAGGAGAAAUGAGGAAUAUUUUGAUUGGAAUACAAAGAAAACGCACCAGAAAUAAAACCACAAAAAUGUUAACAUGAAACUUUUUAUUAGAACAACAUUAAUAGCCCAAUGAUGAACAGUAAUUUUAAUCUCUAGAGCGUUUAAAUUUGCUGUACAGCAUUGGCCUCUUCGAUUUCAAGUAACAAUUUUCUUUAUUUUUAAGCACCAUUAAUAGUAAUUACUAAAUAACUGUAAGUCUGAUGAAUGUUCUACUUUGUGUAAAUAUUGGUGUUUUAUUUUGCAGGUGAGACAGGCUCUGGUAAAACCACUCAGAUCCCUCAGUACCUCUAUGAAGCCAGCAUUGGGCGGCAAGGUAUCAUAGGUGUGACACAGCCUCGGAGGGUGGCUGCUAUAACCCUUGCAACUAGGGUCUCAGAGGAGAAGAAAACGGAACUAAGUAAACUUGUAAGUACCGGUAACUUCACUGCUGUGCUUUUUAAUCACCAGUGUGCCUCCUUUUGCAUUCUGUUUUAAUUUGCUGAUAAACAAACAGAGAAAAGACAGCAACUCAAAAGCAUGCCCUUUUGGGUAUUUCAAACUCUGGUCUCUUACAAGUUUUAGUUCAUGAUUUAUUUUAUUACAAAGUGAACCUAGACUUUUUGCCUCUCAGAAUGAUCCUAGCCACCUGGGCAGUUCAGAACUGUAAUGCUAGGAAGCAAAUAAUAUGGCAAACCUAGAUGACCUUUUGGGCUUUGGUGGGCCUGGUCAGUGAGAUGUGGCUGAUAUGCCUCUAGACACUUUUGGGAGGCCAUAAUAAUUUUCAAGCUAACAAUAACUUAGUUCUAUUGCUUGAGAUUCUUAGAUUCCUUCUCAGCACACCCCUGCCUUGUCAUAUUGCUUCCUUGGUCCCUUUGUGUCCCCUAAACUUCUUGUUCACUCAUGAUUUCUCUUCUGAUUUCUUUAUGAUCUUUUCCAUAUAUAUAUAUAUAUAUAUAUAUAUAUAUAUAUAUAUAUAUAUAUAUAUAUGGAAUACUCUUAUUCUGCUUUGCUUGUGAAAUCUGAUUUCACACAUACAAAUAUUAAUAAUGAGCACUAGUUUUGCUAUUUUGUCUUGUCUUUUGUGACUAUGAUAAUAUUGCCAUGCCAAAAUGUAUGGCUAUAUCUUUACAUUAAAUGCAGUGUUUACCAUAGCCACCAUGUUUUCAGGGACACAUAUCACAUAUACAUAUUGAUGGCAGCACAUGAAAAUGGUUUCUCUGUAGUAAUUCAGAAGAAGGUGUAUUAGUUAAGCAAUAGGGCAAUGAAGAAUCCUGCAUAAUAUGCAUUAUAUGUACUGCAGGGCAACCCUUUAAUACAUUUUCAUAAAUAUGACAUUUUAUUUGUCCCUGAAAACAUGAUGGAUCUGGUCACCCUGUUUUAAAUGAGGCUUUAAAAAAAAAAAAAAAGUUAUCUGUCCAUGUAAGUAGAUGUAUGUUUUAAUUUAUAUAAUGCUCUCAUAUAUUUUUAGAUUGCUUUAUACUUCCUUUUGCUUGUAAAAUAAAGUCCCAUGCAAAGCUCUAAUUAUAAUUGUUGAUACCUGAGCAAUUCAGAACUAGACUCGCUAGAAUUGUGAAGGUUAGAGCAGCUAUGAGAACUGUCACAGCAAUGUAUGCCAUCUAUUUGUACAUUGGCCUUAUACAAUUGCUAGUGAUUUCUCUUUACCACAAGGUUUGAGUUGUCUUUUUUGCUAUGGUUGGUAAAGCUCCACACAUUAUAAAGGUGUGAAUUGAUGUUUAAUUUUUACUAACUGAAAUAUGCUACUUGGAGUCUGAUCCCUGUAAAUGUGGUGGUGUUUUUUUUGCCCCCUCUGUGGUCAUCCUUUCCUCCAUUUUGCUAGGUAAAAGUGACCCAGUUUUCUUGUUUGAUCAUACUUAAACAUGAAUUUAAUUUGUCAGGUGGGAUACACAGUACGUUUUGAAGAUGCCACAUCAGAAGAGACAAAAAUCAAGUUCCUCACUGAUGGAAUGCUGCUCCGUGAGGCGAUUGGAGACCCACUUCUACGUAAAUAUAGUGUCAUCAUUUUGGAUGAGGCCCACGAAAGAACAGUGCAUACUGAUGUGCUCUUUGGGGUUGUAAAAGCUGCACAAAAGAAAAGACGGGAGCUUGGGAAACUACCUCUCAAAGUAAGAACAGCCUUAAUCUAAAAGGGUGAAAAGGUAUUUUGACAAUAUCAUACAAAGUUAUUUAAAUUCUUAAUUAUUGCAUGAAAGCUUCAGCAAAUCCCACUUUAUCCUCCAUUCAAAGAGAAUCAAAUGGAUCGCUUAUCCGAAAAAUGUGCGGACGGCUGAUCUCUUUACUACAAGAAACGUAGUGAAUAUGUAUUGCUAGCCAAAGCAACUAGUGAAUAAACAAUACUCAAUAAGUUAGUUUGAAUUAAAAAAACAACAAAUUUUGUUUGUUUGAGUAGCCUGCAUAUGUACAUCAAAACAAUCAAUUCAGUCUGUGGUUAUCAGCACAGAGAUAAAAAUGUCUUGUUACAAGGGAAAUCCUCCUUUGGGCAUCAUUUCUGCUUGCCCUUCAGCAUAAGGGAAAGCAAAGCCUGCAAGGUGAAGGAAGGAUGAGGGGCAGGCUCUGUGUGAGUGCAGCAGCGCAAUAAAAAGUGCCAGAAUUAUUUAUUGUAGAAUUAACUGGCAUGACAAUGGAGACAGAGAACAGAUAUUUUAUUUACAUAUAAAAAAGCCAACAUAAGGUAUUGGUGACUUUUAACCUGUUACGGGAAGGAAGUAUGUACUUCCCAAAUGGGGUUAUGCAGUCGAAUUGUGUCUAACAACACCACCCACUGAAAAUAUGAUUUGUGAUUUCAACAAGAGACAGGGGUAAUGGAAAUACAAUAAAACAUGAGCUUUUAACUGUAUUAAGGGAGAAACACUUAAUUGUAUAAUGUGAGUCAAGCCAAGUGGUAAGAUAACUGAAAACCCAUAUAAUUUAUGACAGGGUCACAUUAAAUAGUAUGUUAUGAUAGUAGAGGAGCUGUAUAUUGCUCUCUGCUUACUACCAGUGUUGUGCCAUUACUGCAAUGUGCCUCGUCUGGCACCCCAUUAAUUGCUGUUUUCAUACCUUACAGGUAAUGAUUAUGUCUGCCACAAUGGACGUGGAUUUGUUUUCUCAGUACUUUAACGGUGCUCCGGUUCUUUACCUCGAAGGUAGACAGCAUCCCAUCCAAGUCUUCUACAGCAAGCAGUCACAAAGUGACUAUCUUCAAGCUGCGCUGGUCACAGUCUUCCAGAUUCAUCAGGUAUUGGUUGUCAGACUCUGCGGUCAUGAGAUAGGUGUAAAAUCUGAAUGCGAUAUCUGUAUAUGUAUAUAUUAUCGGUAGUUGAGCGACUGAAACCACGUAAUCUUUGCAACAUAUAGGUCAGGAAACUACUACUCUACUAGUCUUGCUUGACUGAACAGAAGAUGUCAUCUAUUGUCUUUGGGCAACAAAAGCAGUACACAUCACAAUAACGAAUGUGAAACAUAAUCUAAUGAUGUUGCUAGCAGUGUGCAAUAUUUGGUGAUGUAACUUAUCUUGUUUUUUAUUUAACAAUUUAAAGUGACACCAAAACAGCAUACGUUUAAUAAAUCUCUUUUGGUGUAUAGAUCAUGUCCCUGCUGUCCCACUGCUCAUAUCUUUGUCAUUUUGGGGUUAAAUCACUUUUGUUUUUGUUUAUGUACCCCUAACCACUUCUCCCCUAGCUGUGACUGACACGGCAUACAUUUAAAAAAAAAAUGGUUUUAUUUUCAGUCAGAUGAGACAGUGCAGCCUGUUUACUGAACUUGUUUUUUUUUUUUUUUAACUUUGUGUAAUAAGGUAGCAUAAAAAUGAUUACUAUGUUUUCAGGAAAUGUGUAGAGGCUGUGUGAGUCUAAGCCAAAGAGGUGUGGCUGGAGCUGCAAUUAAGUGGCUUAACUUCUUAAUGGCAGAGAAUUGAGCAGUGAGACUGUAGGAUAGGUGUGCCCAAUUGGAGAUGUGCCUUGAUGUGUUAAAACUACAGUUUCCAUGAUGCUUUGUCAUUCUAAAGGCAUGCACAGCAUCAUGGGAGUUGUAUUCCUACAACGUUACGCUAAGAUUGUUUAGGUUCUUAGUUUCCCAUUAAGUAAUUUGCAACAGAUGUUACAUACAACACGAGUAUGCUGUACAAGCAUACACGUGUUUAAAAAGCAAACACUACUUCGGCAUUUGUGACAGAAUGCCUGCAACAACCACAAUGAAAACACUUGCUUAGCCGUCUACAGCCUGAAUCUCUUCACUGACAUUUAUUGAGCACUAAUAACGUGUUCUAUACUUUUCUGGUUUAAUGAGUGUUCUGUAUGAUUAUUACCGUUUCAGCACAUAGUGUGCAAACCAAAAAAAUCACCCCUUCCCUGUUCCAAGAUGUGCACUAUAAAAUUGUAUCAUAACAACUACAAUUCUAUAUCUACUGUGGUUAAUAUGUUGGUAUAGAAAUCCUAUUAUCAUGCAUUUUAUAACCUAUUACCCCUUUUAAUCAAUUUUUUUGGUAAUUAAAUUUACCAUUGGUCAUUCCAGGUCAGCUGUUAGUAGCUGUUGCAUGACCCACUAACCACUGGAGAUUUUCAUGUAAUCUUCAGCAUUUAAGAAUAAAUGUAUUGUCAAGUAGUAUGACAAAAUAAGUUAAAAUAGCAUAGUGACAGCGAAUUUCCAUUGCAAGCAAACUGACUACAUCACACAGUAUUAUUUGCUGCAAGAGAGCAGUAAUAAAGGUGUGUGUGUGUGUGUAUCAAACAUCUCUGCAUCAUCAGUUACCACCAGUGAGAUUAAUAACGAUGAUGGACUGACACAUAGCCAUCUUUACACUCAAACACCUAGAAGACCCUCCUUUUGUAGUGUUUAUAGUAUAUUUUCACAUACAGAUGGUCUCUAACAUAUACCACUCCCUCCCAUCAUACUUUGAAAGCCACACAUACAGGCCUCAUUUUAUAAUUUCUUUUUUUUUUUUUAUUAGCAAUGUUCCAUAAUUAAAAAUGAAAACUCCUAUGCUAUUAGCCAGGCCUUAAGUUACUGGCCACUGCAAGCCAUAGUAUGCUCAACAGGUGAAUUUCUGCUACAUUUUCACUUGCAAUUUGUUAGCGGCAAGUUGAAAUUUUGAGCCCUGGUCUAGUUAAUGAGAUUUAAUAUUCCCAUUACAAAUAUCAUAAUGUACUCAUAUAGACUCCAAUAGACUGGAAUUGAGUAACCAUGAUUUAUCUAUUAGAUACACAAAAUGUAGAGGGAAAUUUAUUGAUACAUGCUUGUCUUUAAACAGUAUACACGUUUUAACCCCUUGUUCUCAUGAUCCUUUUUAUUUACUUGUCAUGAUGCUUAUAUGAAUUAUUUUGCUGUUCCCAAAGGAGGCACAGCCAUCUCAUGAUAUUUUGGUGUUUUUGACGGGUCAGGAAGAGAUUGAAGCGAUGACAAAAACAUGUAGGGACAUAGCAAAGCACCUCCCUGAUGGUUGCCCACAGAUGAUGGUGAUGCCUCUUUAUGCCUCUUUACCACAUUCUCAACAGCUGCGAGUGUUUCAGAGUACACCAAAGGUGAGUUUGUAUACGGUGGUUACCAUUGUUUGCAUUGCAGUCCUUAAAAUAUACAUUAAACUUCUACUGUAUGUAAAUGCUGCCAUUGUUUGAGGUCUGUAGUUUUUAUUAUGCAUAGACAAAUAGCAGUCCUGGUUCUCUACAUUCUAAAAACGUUUUUUCCCAAUAAUAGGUAAUUUAGCAUUUUUUUAAUUUUUGCACAUAUUAAAGUAAUUGGAAUGGAUGGAGCAAUGAAAACAGUAAUGAAAUAAGCUACUUAAGAUGCUAAUAAAAUUAAUCUGUUUCUUCAAUUUUCCCCAAAAUGCGUGUUCGAAGAGAAAGUAGUCCAUGUGUAGCGUCUCUUUAAACAAUUGUUAGAAAUGUUGUGUUUUUUAAAAUAUGUAUUUAGGAGUAUGGAGCGUAGUAAGAUUUAAUGGCAAAAACCACCCCUUUGUCUUAAAGUGAAGUCAUAACUUUGAAUACCUUUUUUUCCAGAAUGGAACUAGAAUAGGACAUUUCUAAAACAGAUGUAGUUAUGAGCCAAGCGCUGCACAGCACGUGCAGCACUGGCCUGAGUUUUCAGUGAAAAAUUUACAACUUUUGGAGAAUGUCAUACCAAUUCAUCAUAAUCUUAUAGUUAAUAAUCUGGGUUUUAAAGCAUAAAGUGCUUAAAUGCAAAAUGUUCAUUUUGGACCAGUCUUGGUCCUUGAAGGACAUCUGCAGAGCACCGUCCUAGUACGACACAAAUUUAAAUGCUGAUAUUGAGUCACAAGCAAAAGCAAUUUAUAAAUGGUCAAUAUACCCUGAGCCAAUGGUUUUGCUUGAAAAACAGUAUUGAUCAAAGGUCAUAAGUUGCCUGUGUAAGAUCAUCUAGGGAGAAAGCAAUCUAUAACAAUAACAUUGGUUGUCUACCUUGGAUCAAAUAUGGUAAGGGCAACAUGUCUUCAUCCGAACUGAGGGUACUCACAAAGAGGGUUGGACCCCUGUCUAAGAAUCUAAAGGUGCGCUCAUAAUACCCUGUUGGGAAGGCAGGGUUAUUCGUUGAGAGUGACAACUGUUUACCAAAUUUUUAAGAAUGAACUGGGAGUAUAAAUAAAUGGGAGCAACUUAACGUGUUAAAUGUAUGCCAUUCCACAACCUGAUCCAAAUGAGCCACCUUGCUUCAGGAAAAUAAGUAAGAUGAUAGAAUUUAACUCUAGGCCUGCUGCCCUUCCAUGCAUAAUUCAAGAGAGCAGAAUUCAAAGAGGGCAACUGAAUUGUAUCUGCAGACAAGAAGUUUGGGCAACAGUACAUUAACAGUCUUAGACUUGUCAGUGUUAAGUUUAAGAUAGCUCAGCUAAGCACCUUUGAAACUCCUUCAAAAUAUUUGAGAGAGAAAUGGAAGGCUGUUCAACAUAACAGUAAACCAUCGGCCUACACCCUAGGUCCUAUGCAAUUGAAUUAGAAAAUAAUGGCCAUGAGAAACCGUUCUAAGGUUCAAAAAGCAGUAGAGACCAGGAAUAACUUCACCUGCUCCAUUUAUGAUAUUGACCUCAUCUGUAAGUGGCCCAUGAUAGGGGACACUCAAGACCCCUAAUGCACUUUAGCUUACUGAAGUGCUUCAUGUGUUACGGGUGUAUCUGUUUUCAUUUUACAAAAAGUACAGAUUUAAAUAAAAAAUCUUGUUAAAUCCGUUGGCUAUCAGACAAUCCUGUUCUUUCUUAGUUUUGUUAGCUCAGUGGAGCUAAACUCAAGAGACAGACCAUUGCUCAGAGCACCUGCCUUGCAAAGACUUAUCAUUGAGCUGUUUUGUGAAGUCUUUUUUAUUAGGCAAUCACAGAAAACAUGGGUUUGGGGAAGAAGAGAGCAUGUAAAGGCUGCAGAUGUGAUUUGCACCAUUUACAGGCUGUAUAUACCCCCAAUGAAAAAAAAUGCAUAAUUAAUUAAAUGCUUGUUUUCCAUGGGAGUAUAUCUACUAAAUAGUGUUUAUUUUUUAAUUUGGGCAGUGGGGUGUCUGUUAAACUCAAACCCUGGCUGUUGUAAAAGUGUAUAAAGCUUUAAUCCAAGUGCAGCCGUUGUCCUAAGUCCCAUUUAAUGUAGAGCCAUGUGCAUGAAAAGCUAAUUCACCUAUUAAAAAUGUUCUCUGCAUCAGUAGAAUGGAGGUGCAUAGAACAAUGUGAUUGCUGGGCCAUAUUAAGAUGACAAAUCAUAUUAUCUUUUGCGUCUCUACUGGGGACUUUGAUCUUAUUUUUUUUUAAUCUUUAUUUUGUCGUGCAUAUAGAAUACAGAGAGGCAAGCAAUGCCACAACAGCUGUUGCUAGCCUAAUUAUCAACAUUCAGAGAUGUAACGAACUACACUUUGCCACUGACUUUUGGAGAGGCCUGCUUGCCAGCCUUUUGCCCUGUGACUAUGGCCCCUGGGGUGUAUUGCCAUUUAAAAAGUAUAUUUGGGCUUAUGGGUUUUAAUACACUAUUUCUGCCCCAAGAAUAUGGGCCCUGCAAAAUGACAUGCUUAAAAAUGACUUCCAAGUGGAAAAUGUGCCUCUUCCCCUUCCACCGUUUUCCUGUCCUUUUGUUCUCCAGCAGGGCGUUGUCCCAGGGACACUGCCAGACCAGUUGAAACUGGCUGCUUUGUCCCUCCUCAAUCUCUCAUCAGCCCUUGCUAUUGCUUAACCACAUGGUGUUCCAACUGUAUUCGUGAGAUCUGAGCGCAUCUCGGACAUAUUGAGCGCUCAGAUCCACGCUAUCUGGGGAUAUGUUGGACAUAUAGGUUAAAAAGAGUUACGUAUUUUUAUGUAGUUUUUGUACUUGGAGAUAUUUCCUGUACCUGGAGAUAAUUGGCAUACCACACCCACUUAAGCCAAUUAUCUCCAGGAUAGAGGAGAAUAUAGACCGGCUGCACAGCCUAAAUCUGUGUAACUGUUUUGGGCAUGAAAGCGAUGCUUGCAGUCGGUCAAAUAUGACUUCCAGCUAUCUUCCGAACCACUGGACCAAGUCGUAUGACUUUUGAAUAUGUUUGUUUACUGAUUAUGCUGGUUCGGAAAAUAUAACUUUUAUUAAAAUUACGUGUAUAGUUUUGAAGUUAUGAAUAUUGUGUAAAACUGUAUAUUUUCUGCCUGUGAUAAUUAACUUAGCCCAUUGUGUUCAGUAAUUAUAUCACAGGCAGAGGGGAGGGUUUGUGUGCCUUAGCUGGGAGUGUCUGACUGUGCUGUACUGUAUUGAUUGGCUGUUGUAACCCUGUGUCCUGUGUACCACAAGGUCCACGUGGGUGGUAACCUUGUUGGAAACUGUGUAUAAAAGAAAGGCCUUUUGUGCUCAGUAAACAGACCUUUUAUACCCCUUCAUGAAGUCUUGGCUCAUGUUUGGGGGAUUGGAGAAUUGCCUACACUGCUAUAAUCACUAUACUCCCCAGAGUAAGCUCUUGUAAGAGCUGUUCCUUGUUCCCGCUCUCUGGAUUUAGGAGAGGUUCACCCACUGGAAGCUGGAACCCGGUCUUGGGUCCAGGGUGGGUGGAGGACGGCGAAACCCCAACCAAGCUGCCGCGGUUCGUGGGGUUGGCAGUGGUUGUGGUGUUGAGUGCGGUGCUGAUGUUCCUUGGCGAGCACUAGGAGCAUCGUUUGACUGAGGCACCCAGUCGGGGUGGCAGGCGUUCCGUCACAAGAGACAUUUGUAGGCAUCCAGUAACAUUGCAAAUUUUAUAUUAUUUAAGUACAUUAUGAAAGAUGUAGUAAAAUAAAACAGCCAGUUAGCCCUGUGUGAAUCUCCAGUUUAGGUGAUAACCACAGAGCGGUUUACCCCUUGCCCAAAGACUAUGUGAGUAGUGUAGAGGGGCCAAUCUUUUAACCGGCAGGGGAGGGUGGGAGGGAAAGAUAAUAGUGUGGCUACUUGGCAAUGAGGUGCGUUUAGCAUUAGUCACUAAGUGGUAAAGCUUCCGCUUGUUGUAAGCUCAUUGUGCUUGCCUAUGAGACUACGUGGAGUAACCGCCUAUUAGGUUGUUAAACUUUGCAAGGAAAGUAAACUUGGCAAAAAAGAAAAAAAAAACGAGAAAAGAAAAAUUAAAAAGAACAAAAAAAAACCGAAACAAACUCUGUGGUAGACAUGUUGUAUGAUAAUGGUGGAAUUCAGAGUCCGCUUGGGUGGAUCAGCCUCUACUUCCUCAGGUGGGUGGCCUGACAGGUGAGGCUCUCUGGUUUUCUCUCGGAGUAAAUUCAUGAAUGGCUGCCGAGUUCAGCCGGGACAGGCCUAUUCCAGUUGGCAGUAAGGCCUGCAGUAUAACCUUUGAUUUUAGGUCCGAUUGCAGCUCCUGAUAUCUCUGUGGGAAGUCCCAUUAAGAGUAAACAAUACAGCUCGUGGUGUCUACCAUCUGUAGGAAAUCUCUCUGGCACAAAGGUGUUGCAGGAGAGGCUGCAAUGAUUUCCGCCAAGUUAGGGUGCUCUUGGUGAGAUCUGUGAAUACUGCUAGCGAGGAGCCCUCAAUCAGCAGAGGGAGGGUUUCCCUCGCAGAGCCGCAAGGACUGAGGCUUUAUCUGGGAGGGCUUGAAAUCCAAGUAUGAGGUCUGCAGUUGCUGGCGCUCUGGCUGGCUUUGGUAGCCGGAACUUACCAUCCAGCUUCAAGGAUUUCACCUGCUUUGGUGGGAGAAACACUCCAAGAAAAGCACCUUAUGUAGUGGGGUAGGUCAGCGAUUUCAGCUGACUCUGGUAUCCCCUGGACUUUCAGGUUGUAACGCCUUCUCUGAUCUUCUAAAGCAUCCAAUCUAUCUGAUGUGGUGGUCUGCUACCUUGGUGACUCUGGUGUCGUGAGUACUUGAGCAAGCAUCCAGCAGUGUGAUUUUUGACGCGGCCCCUUCAAUGGCCUCUUUAUAGCAGUCCAUGUCUGCCGUCAGGUCUUUGACUAGCUCCGCCAGCAUCUUUUUAAGUUGGUCUGCAUUGACCGGGUCCCCGGCUUUCUGUGGUUUAAUUCUGCGGUAUGGCAUGGGCCCAAAAGAUGCUCCUUCCAAGAAAUCCGAGGCAAACUCCUCCUCCUCCGAGAGGUCGUUGGCCAGCGCCAUUUUGGACCACACGGCCUGCUGCUUACAUGUCGUCCAAGAACUUAAAAUCUCUGUUUAAGAACGAUAUUGGACGAUAGCUGAAAAUAGUUAUCCUUUUAAACACCAAAGAAUGUUGUCAACAAUCUUUCUCUAAAAAGAAUUCUUCCAGAAGGAAAUGCUUGACUCUAUGCUGCUUAACAUCUGCUGAUGUUAAGCAGGCAGGCCAAUCCUUGCUGGCUUUAUACCUCCAAGGACUAGACUGUGACAGCAGUCUAUUAACAGUCUGGGAUAAUAUUUCCAGAAAACUACAUGAAUUUUAUUUAAUACAAAUGUAGUCAUAUUUGCCUUAAUUUUCCUUUCCUGACUAUUCUCAAUGGCAGCGUUAACUGUAGGUUAGCUCUGCAUUUAUUUGUUUUCCAUAUCACUUACCUCCACUUUGGCCCCUAGUCUGUGUAACACUAAAACACAUAUGGAAGAAAAACCAAUGCAGCCAUAGAUAAUAUCCAGGAAGAUAAAAUGACUGUAAGUAUUAAUUUUACUUGCCUGGCAAACCAUGGCAGCAUUAUUUGUUGGUUAAUUCCUGAUAGAAUUGCAGAGUAUGACACCAUCUAUCCCUGCAAACCUUCAUCAUCCUUCAAUAGUUGCACAAUUUGCAACUUCAUUGACUCGUGUCCCAUCAAUGAUGACUGUUUUACUCCGCUAACUCUUUCCUGCAGUAUUCUAUCAAUAGACAUUCCAACUCACCUCCUGCUACGUUAAUUCAGCAAAAGGGUGGUGCUCUGAGGCUAUUGCCCACCAGUAUGCUAGUGACCAAGGGGCAUUUUCCCCUGCUACGGUUUCCAGUGCUUCACUAUUGAUGGAGAAUAAGAGUGAAAGUAAGGUAAGAAAGAAGCAUGAAUUGACCAUGAAUUUAAAAAUUGGAUGUUGACAAUGUUGUGAUUCUCUAGGAAUGGAAUUUCUGCUGUCUGUUGUGUACAUCUCAGUAGAGUAUUAAUGAGGCAGCACAGCACAUUCCAGGUUGAUUAAUGGCCUUGUGGUUUGUUUUUAUUUUUCUGUAACUAAUGUGUUUGUAACUCUUUAAUUUAGACCAAAGUGCAAACAGUACACUCAGUACAGUACAACAGUACACAAAAACACUGGUUUUUGGAUGUCAGAAUGCAAAUUAAAUUAUGGUGGUUUUUUAUCUUUAUCAGGGUCACCGCAAGGUCAUUCUUUCCACCAACAUUGCAGAGACCUCUAUUACAAUUCCAGGAAUUAAGUAUGUGGUAGAUACAGGCAUGGUGAAGGCAAAGAAAUACAACCCAGGUAUGAUUCCAUAACUCAAGCGCUGUCACCGUCAUCCUUUGUAUAUUCUCCAUACACAUGAUUUUCUUCAAAUUGUGUCUCGUAUAAAAGUUAUUGUGUAAAUAUGCGGCCUGUAUGAGGAAAAUGACAAAUAUGCUGGAAGAUUACCCAUUCUGACUGAGCCUUAGAAGACCUUCAGGGAAAAAAACACAUCUAAGAUAAUAGUCUUACCAUCAUAGGAAGAAAUGUAAUUAAAUAAAUAUCACAUAUGUUAAAUAUUAGGUUAGGAAGAAGAGGACACUACCAAGUGCAGGGAGAAGGUAAGCAAGGCCGCAAGGGUAAACACCACAUGAAUCUAGAACCAGAAAGGGGGAAAAAAAGAAAAUAAAUGUUACUCUCAGGGUAAAGUUUGGAUAGUAGGAAGGAAGGCUAAAGAAAAUAAUAAAAUCUUUGAGACAACACUUAUAUUUAAAAUACAAAUGACCAGACAUAUAUGCAAGGGGUGUCCCUGACGAAAUGCUUGUUGGACAACGGUAGCACUUAAUGCACACUUAUUCCAAGUUCUCUGCCCUGCAUUUCUGAUUGUCUAGUAGUAGGGGUAUAUGUAGGCACACAACCUUCUAGUGUGUGCCUAGAAUCUGGGUGUAACUAGAGCGAUUUUCUCUCUCAAUGCACCCAUGUAAGAUAGUCUGUUUCUACAUGUACUCGGGAUUGUAGGGUAUAUCUAAUGACACUGUUACUCUAUCGUUAUACCUAUUCACACCUUUCUUCAGAAUGUACUAGGGUAGUCUCAGGAUUUAUCGAUGACAAUUGCUACAGUGAUGUUAUUUAGAGCUGUUGUUUACAGAUUUUGGUAUUUAUGACUCCUGUUACUCUGAUUUACAUCCCACAUUUAAACAAUCUGUUGAGGAAUGACUGCACAUCCUUUAGAGCCCUCUAUUGGGGAACAUUACCAGGUUUAGUGGGUAAACAUUUAGUUAACAUCUCCAAAAUUCCUUUUUGUGGAGAUUAGUCUGUUUACUGUGCUUUCCCUAUGAUGUCUCUUUAGAUAUUCUUUGUUGGACUCUAUAUCCUACUUAUUUUUUGAGCAUCCCUGGGACAGUGUUUUACAUUUGGAAUUUUUUUGUUUUAUUUUUUAAUUUAAAUAUUUUGAGAUUUCUGCAAACAUUAUAUAAUGAAUGUCUUAACAAUACAACUGAUUUAUUUUCCAUGUCUUCCUAGAGAGUGGUCUUGAGGUGCUAGCUGUUCAGAAAACUUCUAAAGCACAAGCUUGGCAGCGCACAGGGAGAGCUGGACGAGAGGACAGUGGGAUAUGUUACAGACUCUACACGGAAGACGAGUUUGAUAUGCUUGAGAAAAUGACCAUUCCCGAGAUACAGAGGUAUGUAUUAAAGCUAUUUAGAGUUUUCACUUUUUCUGUGUGUAAUAUAUUCCUAUGUAAGGGGAUUGCUAUAUGCAACUUUAAAAAAUAAAGAAAUGAUUAGGAAUCCAUAAUUUUUUUUUCAAAGUUAAUGCUUGUUUUUUUGAAACUGAAAACAAAUGCCUUGAUUUCAGUGAGAUAGAAUGUUAAAGUGGACAUUUGUGAAAGUUUUUCUGUGUUUUUCCAGGUGUAAUCUCGCCAGUGUGAUGCUGCAGCUUCUUGUCUUGAGAGUACCGAAUAUCCUUACCUUUGAUUUCAUGUCCAAGCCCUCUCCUGGUGAGUAUGUACAAAGCAUUAAUCAUAUACAAGCCAAUACCUGCUUAACCCUUUACACCAGUAUUCUUCAAAAAUGCAUUCCAGCUACUGUCAUGUUCUUGUCUAUGUAGUACUUUACUGUUCGUAAGCUCCUAUUAAAUUGCGGGAUGACAUUUUUUUUUCUUUUCAGUCAGCAAUUCAUUUUUAUUUAUUUUUUAUUUAUUUUACUGUCAUUUCACUGGUGAAAGUACCAUAAUGAGAGAGAAGCAAUUUUAAAUUUUUUUCAAAAUAUUUUUUGUCUGUUUUUGAAAUAAAGUACAUUGAUAGAAAUGUUUUUUUGAUAUUUGUGGACAUUGCAGUACACAAAGUUAAUAGUGGCUUUAAACCUGUUUGCUUAUAUCACAGACUCUGUACGGGCUGCCAUUGAGCAGCUGGAUCUGUUGGGUGCUGUGGAAAGGAAAGAGGACCAGGUCAUCCUAACACCACUGGGGAGGAAGAUGGCUGCUUUUCCAUUAGAGCCUAAGUUUUCCAAGGUAGCUGUGGUAGUAUUACUUUGUUUUCAACUCCUUAGCAUGUCUCUACAUAGUGGGGUGUAUUCAGUAAACUAGAACCUGUGGAGAACUGACAAAAAAGUUUUCGUUUAGGCCAAGAUAUCCAAAAUCUAUAGUGUACUUGGAAAUCCUUUCCAUCUCCACAAUUUUGCAAUUGUUUUGUCAGGUUUACACAAUUCCUAGUAUAUAAAUAAAGUACUUGACAAAAUGUACGUUUGUUCUUGAACGCCAAAUGUCUGAUUUUUGACUCUCACCAAUAGCUGCAUAGCAUAGGGAAGGCCACUUGAUUGUCAUUUUGGAAAGGUGUGUGAUUUAGAUUUUUACUUUUUAUUGUUAUUAAUACAUAUUAAUGGAUAAAUUGGCUAGUGCAUAGCCAAAGUGACAUUUCCCUAGAAUUUCUGAUAGUAUAUUUACUUUUUAUAAAUAUGUAUUUCUGAAGUGUGAAAAGUGUAAUUAAGUGUAGAAAUCCGCACUGCUUUAUCCUGCAACUGGGCACCUCCAUCUUUGCUCCCGUUGUCCUUACGAGGUCUGUCUUUUGUACCUGGCAGCCAGCAUAGAGAGAGAAACCUUUCUUAAUUUUUCUUGCUUUGCUGUAUUACCCUGGCUGUGUCUAAAUAAACAGGGUUGUGAUGGAAUUUACUAAAUCUUCAAUAUAAAUUUAAAAGGAAAUCAAGCAUCACAUAAAAAUGAUUAAACGCUGUUCUAGAUGGUUUUCAUGGUUUUAUUCCAGGGGCAUUGCUAGUGUCAAAUGAUACUUGGGGCUUUGGACCACUUCCCAAAGGUCCAAACGCUAUCCUUUAACACCUGCAAGAUAUGCCUCUAGACAUCACAUAGAUAAACACGCACACAAACAAAUACAUAAACACACAUUCACAGAUGCAUACAUAACAUAAACACACACUAAAAAUUAAAUAUUUGUUCAAAUAUCUCUACCUAUACCUUAUGCCACUAUGCUCUGUGUCGAGGGCGGGGGGGAAGCAAAUGGUCAAAUCAUGCAGGGUCUGUGACUGCAAGCUUCUAUAGCAAAUACAGAGUGAGUUAUUCGGGGCAAUGAGCUGCCUGCUCUGCCCUGUUCUGCUUCCUGAUCUCUUUAGCCCCUGAAUAUAUUGAGUGGUUAGAUGUAUAUGUAGUUCCUGAUUCUCUGUGGGUUACUGCUGCCAAGCAGCUCUCCCUCCCCUAUCUCUCCUCUAUCAAUGAUAGAGACCUGGGGGGUCAGGGAGGGCCGGACCGCCAAGCUGGAUGGCAGCAUGCACGCUAAGUGGGGACCAGUGGGGGUGAUCCUGGUCCUCACCCCAAGGCCCUAAAGAAGACAUGGCGGCUGAAGCUAGGGGGCCUAACAGCCAUGCCUAAGAUGGCGGACUCCAUGUGCACAGGAGACAUGGGGAAAAACAGCUCACUCCCCGCACUCACAGCUGACACUGCAACCCCUGCCUCCAGACCCUGCUAUACAGGGAAGCGGGAUUACCUUUACCCACUAACACAGCCACUCAAGUCAGCGAUGUCAGCGGCUGCCCUGGGGGGAUGGGGCUACACAACAGACCGGCCAUUGCCAUAUGGAGGUACCGAGUCUACCACCAAGCGUGUCACCUCAGCUGCGAGACAGACCUCCCACUCUGCCUGCAACAGCACGACCCCUGCAGCGGCAGCCGUGUGUGGAUGAUGCCGGACCCCCCAUCGCGGCUGACACCGGUCCCCAGGGGACCAAGCGGGACAAGCACUCCGUACCACAGCUGCAACCCCAGGGAAGCCGGCGAACGGCUCAGAGAGCGGCAGGGCUGGACUGUGUUUUGCUGCCUGUUCUGGUGGACACUCACCCACUGCUGCAUGAAACGGACAGAGCAGGUAUCAGAUAGCAGCGGAACUCCCCCUGUAUUUGAGGUCUCAGCAACACCACGACUGCUCCCCACUGAGGCAGCACUGGUAGUUCCUAACGGCCGGGAUGAAAACGGCAUUAAAGCGACAUCACAAGACCUAGCCUGAAUACCAAUUAUAACCAAACUACACUAGCCUGUUGGUAAAGCUACUGCUAUAUAUUUGCAUCAAGCAACCUUUCAUAUCUAGCAAGUAUUUUGUGCAUAAACUUAAUCUUGGUAAAGCGAAUAGAUGUGUAUGCUUAGCUUAAUCAGUUAUGCAAAUCAUCACUAUAUCAUUUUCUUGUCUUCCUCAUAUCUCAAACUUGUUUAAAAAAAAAAAAAAAAAAGUACAGCAUCUCGUGACUACCCAUACCAACUGUUAAUGAUGAUCUCAUGCGUUGAACAAGUCAGUGUUUAUGCCUGUAAUUUACUCUGCACUCAAAAAUAUAGACUUUAAAAAAAAAAAAAAAAAACGUUAUCUAUUAUAUCACUAAGCACUCUAAUGCUGUUCUCCUUACAGACUAUCCUGGUUUCCUCAAACUUUCACUGCACUGAAGAGAUUUUGACAAUAGUCUCUCUGCUGUCAGUGGACAGUGUUCUCCAUAACCCUCCUGCUAAACGUGAUGAAGUACAAGCCUCUAGGAAGAAGUUCAUUUCUAGUGAAGGUGACCAUAUCACUUUGCUCAACACAUAUCGCGCCUUCAAAAACCUGGGUAAAAAUAAGGUAAAAUCCUUUACAUUGUUUUGUAACAUUGUUCAGACAGUAUAUUUCCAAAAAGAUUAUUUAUAUCUUACCAAACUAUACCAAUGAAGCUAUAUUUACCAUUUGAUGGGACCAUUUUUCACCAGUUUCAGUUUUGAAAUUGUAUCACAUUUUUAUCAGGAUGGCAAAUGUACUUCGAUCUUGUUUUAUUAGGUAUAUACCUUUUAAUGUGUUCUACAUUUGUAAUUGUAGGAAUGGUGCAGAGAGAACUUCAUCAACUCCAGGAAUAUGCUGCUGGUUUCAGAGGUCCGUUCCCAGCUCAGGGACAUUUGUAUAAAGGUAUUUGCUCCCCUUUUCAUGUUGAUUUGUAUGCAUGUGUUUUCAGUACAAACAAACAUGUAUUCCAGAAAUCGGAACAUAACAGAAGAGUAUUAUGAUUGGACGGCUGCAAAACGUUCCUUAUGGUAUUUGUACGUUAAUUUUGAUGAUAACCAUUUGUGUCUUAUGCAAAUUUUUUCAUAUUACUUGUUUUUCUACAUUUAUUGACUAUUUUUGUAUUAUUUAUGUACAGAUGUGUAUAUACCCCUUUAUUCUCAGUAUAUAAACUUCUAAACAAGUUAUGUCUAACAUAAUCAGAUGUAAAGUAUAUUAACACAUCUCCCAUCCUACUUAACGAUGGGAGAUAUGUGUUAAAACAUCAUCUUGAUCUGUAAUAAUAAAUUCACAUAUGCUUUCCCCUUAAGUAAAUACAAUAAAAACUGUCAAGAAGCUUCUGUCGCUACCAUAUUUGGUUUUUAUAUCCAUGCCAAUACAGUGAAUCUGAUUUGUCUUUAUUUUACAGCUAUCAAUGCCCAUUGAGUCUUCAAGAACAGACACUCGAAAUAUCCGCCAGUGUCUGGCUCACGGCCUGUUUAUGAAUGCAGCAGAGCUGCAGCCUGAUGGAACCUACACCACAGUGGACACUCACCAACCUGUUACCAUCCAUCCUUCUUCAGUUCUUUUCCACUGCAAGCCAGCCUGUGUCAUUUACAACGAGCUCCUUCAUACAUCUAAAUGUUACAUGAGAGACUUGUGUGUUGUGGAUGCAGACUGGCUGUUUGAGACAGCUCCAGAAUAUUUCAGAAGGAAAUUAAAAAGUUGCAAGAAUUGAACAGUUAUUUUGAGAAAAUAAAGUGCACUUGUUAUUAAGAGAAAAGAGAAACUACUUUUAUCUCAGUCAGUAUUGGUAGAUCAUUGUUACACAGAUAAUUGAUGAUCUUGCUAAUGUUUUUAGCAAAUUCAAACUAGGAUCAGUUUAUGUUGAGCUGUGUUAUUUGAAAACAAAGUUCAAAAAGAUAUUGCAUGUUCAAAAAUAGUGACCUUAAGGGGUUAUCCCAACUAUCAUAACCCCUGUAGUGCUUAUAAUGCCAGGAGUCCCCUGGCCACGUUUCCCAGUAAUGGGGCAAAUCGUUUUUUUGCAAUUGGUUUUCCCUCUUACCUGGGUGUCCACUGGACGCCUAGGGUCCUCUCUAGCCAGUGAUGGUGCAUGCAGCUUCUGCGGAACCUGGGUGUCUGUCCCACGAGCCAUUCAUUGGCGGAGAAUGUCAGCUGACUACUCCCAGCCAAUGAAUUGAAAUAUGCACAGAAUUGGCAUUAGCCAGCCCGAAACUCUCAGGCUGACUAGUGACACCCCACAGGUACUACCAAGUUAAACCUCUUGCAGCAGAGAAGUUAAAUUCAGUGUGUGUAUUUUUUCAUAGCGAAAUGCUGUACAUACAGACUCCAAGUCAUUGAAGUGGAAAUGGUGCUCUGAGUAACUCCUUAAAACUAUGAGAAAAUCAAACCUACUUCUAGCCAUUUAGUAUUAAAUAACCUGAAGAGGGACUGCACAUUUAACAGUGCACUAAAUUAAAUCUCUUAAUUCCCAUCAUCAAUUUUGUUCUUAACCUUAUAUGCUGCUGCUGUAUAGUUAAUUGCAAAUGGAUUUCUAAAUCUAUUUUUAAGCUAUGUAUCAUAACUUAUAGUAGCACCAUUUACAUCUCUUGGCAUCCAUUCCUCUUAUUACAAGUCUAAUCCCCCUGCCUUUAGCAAUACAAGAUAUUUCCAAUUAUUUUUUUAUUCGUAUUUAAAUAAGUGAUGUUUAAAGAGUAUCAAUAUCAAACCUGAUUUAGAGGAGAGUAACAUUAAUUUCAUUUGUUUGUCUGUCUCUUAGCUCUCCUUGCUGUAAGAUGGCCUAUGUUAAGUAUAGUAUUAGAAUAUAUUUUAAGUGAAUGACACCCCAAUAUCUUAAAUGAGCUUGUCGCAUUCUAGAAUACUGGAUGACAAAAUUCUCAGAAAUAUUUGGGUGAAAAAAAUAUGCUUACAUAAAGAUCUUUUCUUCCUCCAAGAUGGGUGGUUACACACUUAGCUGCCCAGGGGCAGAGUAAUUGUGGUAAAGACUGCAAUGGUACUACAGUCAAAAUACAGAAAUAAAUAUUUGAAAAAAGUAAACCUAUGCAUAUGCUUGCAGUUUACCUAGGACAGUGUGGAUGUGGAAUUUUAUUUGAUAUGUGAUAUUUUUAAACAGAAAAAAAAAUGUUGUUAUGUUCAUGACUGGUGCACUUUAAAGCAUUCUUGGAUGUGUCACAAUCUCUAUUUGGAUAGCCCAAAACAACUCAUUUAAUUUGUGCUAGAGUUGGUUAGUUCUGUCUAACAGCAGUUUACCUUUAACAUUCUGGUAUACUUAUUGUGAAUUUUAUGAUUAUAAAUGUAAUUUCAGUGAUUAGCCAUUUAAUUUUUUUAAAGGUCUUACUCUUUUAUAUAAAUGCUUAUCUAUAUGUCAGUAGUAUUUUGCUAUACUGUAUUUGAUAGUAACAUAUCUUGCUAACUUUGUUUUUCCAUCUGAGGAACUAAUAUUGCUACAGAUCAAAGGGUUAAAACAUAGUCUUUGCUGCUCUCUAUUCUGUGUUGAUAAGGUGUGCUUGCCAGUUUACCCUGUAUACUAGCAGCUUACUGCAUGUCUGUGUAGGAGUAAAAAUAAUUCUUAGAUAACUUGUAAUAAAAGCACAGCCCCACAAUCGCACAAUUAAAGGAACAUUUAGUAAUACUGUUUACAGAAAAGAAUAAUCAUGGGUACAGAUUUCUCCCCCGCAAUGAAUGAUUUGCUUUCCGUGUCACUCAGCUUUCGGUUGGCAAAAUUCACUGAUUUGCAGGGUUUCAUCUACCUUCUUCUAAAAGCAGGUCUUGUUGCCCCUUUAAAGACCAAAACGUUAAAUGCAAGCGACUGUAUUUACAUGAACACGUUAAGUAGCCAGAAAAGUUCACAUAGUAAUGAAUGUGUGCCUUGUUGAUGUUUAAAAGUCAGUUCAUUUUAAAAGAAGAUUGCUCAGGGAUGAAUAUGUGUUUGGGCCUUUCGAAACUAUUAAAAAGAGAAUAUUGAUACAGUUCCACUUUCACAGUGUAACAUUCUCACGGCUGUUGAAUGAUGUGUGUUAGUGCAGAUGAAGCCCUUCCGAGUGUAGUUUAUCCUAUAAACUUACAACAAUUAUAAAAAUUAUUAAUAUUUUCAAUAAUUUCAUUAUUUAAUAAACAUUAAGAUGAAUUACUUAUUAAAUAUACCUGUAAAUUGCAUAUAGAAAGUAAAACAAUCUUUCUGUCUUUCUUCCAAUGCAUGCCCUGGUCGUUUGUGGCAAGAUUGAAUGGGACUGCGAUGGCUUUUAAGUUUUUAAUAUGCAUUUAGUAGAAAUCCGAACAUCAUCUGUAAAAUAAAUAAAAUGCUAUCACGAGUUAUAGGUGAUUUAAGUGUUUUAUGCAUUGACGUAGUUUCCUAGCGAAAACAUUUACCAUACACUUGUUUUUCCAACACUGGUAAUCAAGACUGAUCAGCUACAAUACUGCAGAUAUAAAUAUUGCACCACCUGGGCUAAUGCAGAACCCAGCUGGUGAGAACUUGUUGAACACUUUAAAUUCACUCACGUGCACUCAAUGAGUUUUAAUAAAUUUUGUGAAGUAUGCUCAAAAAGCAUUGACUGAUAGGCAUGUCAUGAUUUAUUUUCUUUAUACCUGCAAUAAUACAGACUUAUAGUAUAUUGUUCCUUGUGAUAAAUGUAUGUUGUGAAAAAAACUUGAGCAAUACGAGUAGGGUUACAUCUGUAAUUCUAUCGGAUUGCUUUUUAAAGUUGAUAACAUGUCUGCAAAUUACCAUGUGCAAAAAUUGAAUUCUAUGUUCUCUUACAUGGAUGAAUCACGUACAAAACAAUGUUCACUAAAGGCUAGCAGAGCUUUUCUAACAAUUCUACAAUUGGUGAUUCUGAAAAGCAGUGGUGCAUUCAAACAUGUUCUAGUGCAAUAAAUUGACAUAACAUUCUAUAAAAUAUUUUGUAUCAGAUUGGUUAUAUGAUGAGAUCAAUUGUAAACCAAGUCUUGAAUUUUGUAAAUGAUGAUGACGUUUUUCAUGGAUUAUUUCUAUUGAUUAAAUAUUAAAAAAUAAAGCUUAUAUCUGCUUAGAAGCCAUAUAGAUUUAAGCUAUUUAUAAUGAAAAAAGUGUUAUAUGUGGUCUCCUCAAUAAAAGGGUGCAUUGAAUUUAAAGUGGAAGGCCUGUCCUACAAUAUGUUUUUGUUUCACUCCAGUACAACAGAUGACAAAAGUAAAUUUAGUUUAAAGUAACAUAAAUAUGAGGAUAGUUAUACAA